CCACUUCGCACCAUGCACAUCACCCAGCUCAACCGGGAGUGUCUGCUGCACCUCUUCUCCUUCCUGGACAAGGACAGCAGGAAGAACCUCGCCAGGACCUGCCCCCAGCUCCAGGAUGUGUUUGAGGACCCUGCACUCUGGCCCCUAUUGCACUUCCGCUCUCUCACAGAACUCAAGAAGGACAACUUCCUCCUAAGCCCGGUGCUCAAGAACCUCUCCAUCUGCUGGCACUCGAGCCGCGUGCAGGUGUGCAGCAUUGAGGACUGGCUCAAGAGCGCCUUCCAGAGGAGCAUCUGCAGCCGGCACGAGAGCCUGGUCAAUGAUUUCCUCUUCCAGGUGUGUGACAGGUGCCCCAACCUGGCGUCCGUCACGCUGUCCGGCUGCGGCCACGUCACCGACGACUGCCUGGCACGAUUGCUGCGCUGCUGCCCGCGCCUGCGCACCUUACGCCUGGAGAACUGCGCGCGCGUCACCAACCGCACGCUGGUAGCCGUAGCAGCGCACGGGCGCGCGCUGCAGACGCUGCACGUGGAUUUCUGCCGCAACGUGAGCGCGUCCGGCCUGCGCCGCCUGCGUGCCGCGUGCCCGCGCCUGGCUCUGCGCGCCGAGCACAGCGCAACCAUGAUCCCCGACCAGCCGCCGCGCGCUCUGCCUGCGCCGGGCGCGGCCCUUCGCAAGCUGCUCCCACGCUAA